AUGGAGAGUACAGCGGUGUGGAGAGUACAGCGGUGUGGAGAGUACAGCGGUGUGGAGAGUACAGCGGUGUGGAGAAGAGAGAGAGAGAGGUCUGUCAGCAGGGGUACUGAGGCCACGCCCCCAUAUGGCUAUCAGCUAGACCUGGACUUCCUGAAGUAUGUGGACGACAUACAGCGUGGCAACACCCUCAAGAGGCUGAACAUCCAGAGGAAAUCCAGGCCUGUCCGGCCGACGGUGGAGCCCGUGCCCAGGGGAGGUUGCUCUGGUGGGGGCAGUGGGUACAGUGGGCAGGGCCAGGCUGAAUGGACCUCCACAGGCUCCCUACCCUCCUCCAGUGAAGAGGCACAGCAGAGUCCCCUCUUCUACCCCUCCCCCAAGCCUCACCCUCCCCCCACCCUGAUUUACCACGCCCAUGCCCCUCUCCCUUCCUGUGAGCCUCCCCUUCCUCCCCUACCCCCUGAGGGCUACCUGAGCGUCCCCGCCGAAGGCCCUCAACGGCCCCUUCUCCCGCCCCUCUCCUCUCCGUGGGAACCUCCCCUCCUCAACCCCCAGGUUGAGAAGACCCUGAUGGAGACGAGGAGGAGGUUAGAACAGGAGCGCCACCUCAUGCAGCCCCCUCCCCCUCCGAACCCCCCUGGCCCUGCUCCUCGCCACCGCCUGGCCUCCUUCGGAGGGAUGGGGGGUCCAGCACCUCCCUGUUCUCCCCCUGCUUCCAACGGGGGUGGAGGUAGUGGAGAGUACAACCCCUACUACACUUCCAUGGGUUCCUCUAUGCACCACAGCCCCAUGUCCUCGGGGAUGACCACGCCGGCCACCAACGUGUCUCCGCUCCACCUGCAGCACAUCCGGGAGCAGAUGGUGGUGGCCCUGCGGAGGCUGAAGGAGCUAGAGGAGAAGGUGAAGACCAUACCUAUCCUGCAGGUGAAGAUAGCCGUGCUGCAGGAGGAGAAGAGACAGAUGACCUGUCAGAAGAACCAGAGGCUGGGGGUGGGGAGCAUAGUGGGGGGGGGGUUCAGGAAGAGGUCCUAUAGCGUGGGCAGUGCUGACCAGUUGGCCGACCAGCUGGACCCCCAGACACAUACCCUACAGACCCAGGAUCUGCACAUCAUGGAGCCAGAGGGCCAGGAGUGUCAGGGCCAUAGUCAGAGCACCAAGGGGAUGGAGGAGUUCAGGAGGCUGGCUGCAGAGGUCCAAGCCCUGGGGGCAAACAGCCAGGAUCAAGGGUCUCACCAGGCCAGGGAGACCCAGACCUCCCUCCCUCUCACCCACAAUAACAACAACCAGCUCACCUCCACGGCGGUCGGCCCAGAUGAGAACAUGAACGACGCCACGGUGGUCGCCCAGAGGAAGUCGCCGGUGAUGACGAUGGUACAACAACGACGCUUCUACUGUGACGUCGGAAUGGCGACGGAGCAGCGUGAGACUCGCAGUGCUGGGACGGGCGUGACGGAAGCCAUGUUGGGCGUGACCAGCGAGGUGGAGGCAGAGCUAGACUUGCAGCAGCAGACCAUCGAGGCCCUGAAGGAGAAGAUCUACCGGCUAGAGGUGGACCUGAGAGAGACCACCCACAUGAUGGAGAUGUCCAAGCUGAAGCUAGAGCUGCAGGCCGCUGGGGGAGCCAAUAAGAAGAGGGCUGAUAAAGGCUGCCAGGUACGGCCAGACACCUACAGCAUGGCCUGCCAGGCGCGGCCAGACACCCAGAGCACUGGCUCAGAGACCUGGAGAGUCCAGACACACAGCCAGGGAGUGGGGAACCAUCUAGAGACCAGCCAUGCCUCCACAGAGACCCUCCACACUGUAGGGGUAGGGGUGUCCUGUCAACCCAGCCUGAGACACACUGCUUCGGGUCCUGACCUGCCCAUGGAGAGGUGGCUAGUGCAGGAGAGGGUAGAGGUGCAGGACCAGUGUGUGGGGAGGCAGUUGGAGGUGUGUGACCAGGGGGGGGUGGAGGUGGGGCUGUGUGACCAGGGAGUGAACACUGAUGAGGAAGUAGACAGUCUACAGCUGUGUCAGGCCCAGGAGACCGAGGCCAAGGAGAGGGAGAGCAGGUCGGUGGGCGUUGGGGAGUGUUCUAGAGACGUCACCGUCUCUCCCAUCAGACAGCUGGUUACCACGGGGACUAACCCUGUCCUGGGCACCACCACGGACUCUGCUGUCAUGGUAACCCCAGACACAGCCUCCCAACACACCAGCACCCUACUGGAGACCGCUAGCCAACACACCAACACAGAGACGGUGGUGCUAGCUGAUGGCUGUACCAACACCCCCCUGCUCCACACAGCCUCCCAACACACCAGCACGCUAACCAAUCACACAAGGACUGUCGCUGUGGGCGAGGGGCUGAUCAAAGACCCACAGACCAAAACCAGGUCUGUUGCCGUGGGAAACACAGCGGAGCGAGACGGCGGUACGGAGGAGGCAUGGUCGGCCCAGACCAAAGAGGUGGGCGUCGGCCUGGUCGGCAUCCACACUAACUUCCUGGUCGGCCUGAAGACCCGGAACAUUGCAUGUGGCCCCUCCCACCUGGACGGAACCGCUGUUACCCAGGAGACCAUUGCAGUGACGACUGUUGUACCACCCCAGGCCCAGGCCAUACCACCGCCCCAGCAGGUGGAGGGGGGUGCAGGACUAGACCACUACAUAGAGAGGCUUCAGAAGCUACUUCAGGAACAACAGAUGCUGUUGACUGAGAACUACAGUGAGCUAGCGGAUGCUUUCGGACAGCCCUGCUCUUCUCAGUUCACCCACUUUGGUUCUAUCAACAGCCAGCUGGUCAACACUCUGACUUCUAUCAGCUCUGUCAUGAAGUGUGGCAGUGCUGAGGAUCUGAGAACACAGCGAGAUAGCAGCAGCACCACUACAGAUCGGGGUCAGCUACAGGUGUCCAGUGAAGUCAUCCAGAGUUCAGAGGUUAGCCAGACGGAGGUAGUGUCACAUGACCCCAGGUCCCCGCCCAGCCCGGCCACGCUGAAGCACCGCAUGGACCAGCAGAUGUCCAGCGCCUUGAACGGUCGUAAGAGCGCUCUGAAGUCCAUCAUGAAGAAGAAAGAUGGCCGCCAGGGUUCUUUGGGAACCAAGAAGAACCUACAGUUUGUAGGAGUCAAUGGAGGGUACGAGACAACGUCGAGUGAUGAAUCAGAGGACAGCAGCUCCUCUGAUACAGAAGAAGAGGAGGAGGAGGAGGAAGAAGAGGAGGAGGAGGAGGGGAAUGUGUUCGGAGGAGAAGAGGAAGCUGAAGAGAGGAACACAGAGGAAUUCCAGAACGAGGGAGCAGUGGAAGCGGGAAGGAGUGAAGAGGAGGGAGGAGGUGACAAGCUAGAGAUGAGAGAGAGGUUUGAGUUGAGUGAGAAGAUGUUGGCUGCAUGUAACGUGUUGAAGAACCACCUGAAUGAUGGCAAGGCCUUAACCAGUAAAGAUGUGAGAGCCUGUGUGAACACAGUUCAGAGCGAGUGGUUCUGGGUGUCCAGUCAGAAGACUGUGGUGCCCGGCAUAGUGGAGGACUAUUUAACAGCGUUCCGGGACAUCUCGCCGGCCAUGCUGCGUCACAUUGUCAACAUGGCGGACGGUAACGGGAACACAGCGCUCCACUACAGCGUGUCACACUCCAACUUCCACAUCGUCAAGACGCUGCUCAACGCAAAUGUGUGUAACGUGAACCAGCAGAAUAAGGCUGGCUAUACUCCCAUCAUGCUGUCUGUGCUGGCGGCUGUGGAGGCUCCUAAAGACAUGGCCAUCGUAGAGUACCUCUUCAGCAAGGGAGACGUCAACGCUAAGGCCAGCCAGGCUGGCCAGACAGGGCUGAUGCUGGCGGUCAGUCAUGGCAGGAUGGACAUGGUUCGGGCGCUGCUGGCCCAGGGGGCAGAGGUCAAUGUCCAGGAUGAUGAGGGUUCUACAGCCCUGAUGUGUGCCAGCGAACAUGGCCACGCUGAGAUAGUCAAACUACUGCUGGCCCAGCCGGGCUGCGACGCCACUCUCAGCGAUAGUGAUGAGAGCAAUGCCCUGUCUAUCGCUCUGGAAGCGGGUCAUAAGGACAUAGCAGUGUUGUUGUACGCCCAUGUAAACUUCUCUAAGGCCCAGUCACCGGGAACCCCUCGUCUGAGCAGGAAGAUGUCCCCCAGUCCCACCAGGAGGGGCAUGUUUGACUAGCGCCACCGCCCAUUGGUCAAGUCUCAUGACACCAACCAACCAACCGCUGAGGAUUUCAACCCCCAGGGACAGACUUUGGCCCCACCCCCUGACAACCUGAUUGGACCAUGUGGGAUUAUUGACAAUGCAGUUCAACCAGAAAGGUUCUAUGGGUUUAUUGACCAAUGCGGUCCAACCAGAAAGGUUCCCUGGGUUUAUUGCCCAUGUGGUCCAACCAGAAAUGUUCCAGGGUUUAUUGACCAUGUGGUCCAACCAGAAAGGUUCCAGGGUUUAUUGACCAUGCGGUCCAACCAGAAAGGUUCCCUGGGUUUAUUGACCAUGCGGUCCAACCAGAAAGGUUCCCUGGGUUUAAAGACCAUGCGGUCCAACCAGAAAGGUUCCCUGGGUUUAAAGACCAUACGGUACAACCAGAAAGGUUCCCUGGGUUUAAAGACCAUGCGGUCCAACCAGAAAGGUUCCCUGGGUUUAUUGACCAUGAUGAAAGAUGAAACAUAUUGGUCAGUCUUGUAGUAAGAUGAGCUGGUAUUUGUCAGUCUUGUAAUAAGAUGAGCUGGUAUUUGUCAGUCUUGUAAUAAGAUGAGCUGGUAUUGGUCAGUCUUGUAGUAAGAUGAGCUGGUAUUGGUCAGUCUUGUAGUAAGAUGAGCUGGUAUUGGUCAGUCUUGUAAUAAGAUGAGCUGGUAUUGGUCAGUCUUGUAGUAAGAUGAGCUGGUAUUGGUCAGUCUUGUAAUAAGAUGAGCUGGUAUUGGUCAGUCUUCUACAUGAACAUCCCAAAGUGCCCUUGUUAAACCACCACCAGCAUUCUGUCUGCUCUGAGUGGAUAGAGUGAAGGAGGAAAGCGAGAAGGAGGGGGGGGAGGAGAAAGAGAAGGAGGAGGGAGAGGAGAAAGAGAAGGAGAGAGAGAGGAGGGAAAGAAGGAGUGGGAGAGGAGAGAGUGUGAAGGAGGAGGAGAGAGAGAAGGAGGAAGGAGAGGAGGGAAAGAAGGAGUGGGAGAGGAGAGAGUGUGAAGGAGGAGGAGAGAGAGAAGGAGAAGAGGCCAUACUACUUGAGAAGCUGGACUUCAUAAGAACCCAGAAACACAAAUACUGUAUUCUAGAUAUGGGCUGCAAUAGACAAGCGUCCUGUCCAGGCAGUGAAUGUGUACAUCAAGAGCUGCCUCACAAGAGAGAGAGAGAGAGAGAGAGGUUCAGAUAACUUAUCCAGACUAUAGACCUUUUCAACUGUCAAAAUAAUAACACGUUCUGUACGCGCAACCAAGAGGUUCCCCAGUAAACAUCCGGUGCUGCGGUACCCCAUAAUUGCUAACUAGCUAGGUAGUUGGCGAGCUAGCACAAAAUGAGUUCGCAUUUCUUGAUCCACCAAAAAACUGAAAAAACAACUUAUUGACCUAUUGACUUGAUACCAGAUACACUAAACACAAUCAUGAGACAAUGUUUAUCUCCUUUAUUAUCCGUUUGCUCUGGUGGUGUUGCAUUAGGCUAGCACAGUAAAUAACCACAGAGCUAGCGUGAUGUGAGGGUAGAGAAAGAUCAGCUGACCUUGUUAGCCAGCCAGAGCUAGCGUGAUGUGAGUGUAGAGAGAGAUCAGCUGACCUUGUUAGCCAGCCAGAGCUAGCGUGAUGUGAGUGUAGAGAGAGAUCAGCUGACCUUGUUAGCCAGCCAGAGCUAGCGUGAUGUGAGGGUAGGGACAGAUCAGCUUACCUUGUUAGCCAGCCAGAGCUAGCGUGAUGUGAGGGUAGAGAAAGAUCAGCUGACCUUGUUAGCCAGCCAGAGCUAGCGUGAUGUGAGGGUAGAGACAGAUCAGCUGACCUUGUUAGCCAGCCAGAGCUAGCGUGAUGUGAGGGUAGAGAAAGAUCAGCUGACCUUGUUAGCCAGCCAGAGCUAGCGUGAUGUGAGGGUAGAGAAAGAUCAGCUGACCUUGUUAGCCAGCCAGAGCUAGCGUGAUGUGAGAGUUGAGAAAGAUCAGCUGACCUUGUUAGCCAGCUGGAUUCAUUUCUCUCACAACAGCCAACAAUAUAACUCAACUAAAUGUAGUGUGUAUCCAAUGUUUGACGGACUCAUUGUUUACAACAAAGUUAGCUAGCAGUUUAAAAAUGACCCCACUAUCAACCUUCUUCCCCCCCUCCCCCCUCA